AUGGCUCAGAAACCAAUUCGCGACUGGGUCUAUUUGGCCAUCAUCUCGGUGCAGCUCUUUGGCAUGUUUGACUCCCUCUACGGAAACCCAUCAGCGCCCUUUCACUUCCUCACCAUCAUCCGCGACACCUACCUCACCGUCUCGGGGGAUCCCUUCUUCGGGGACAAGUUCGUCGGUGACUGGUUUCACGGCUUUCUCUGGCUUGAACUACUUGUCCAGUGCCCUCUAGCCAUCUACAUCGUCUCCCAGCUCUCCUCCAAGAGCCCAUCCUCAGGCGCAACUGAACUUGCUGGCCUGGCUUUUGGCUGCCUCACUGGCAUGGGCACCGUGGCGUGUGUUUCUGAGUUGAUUCCUAUGGGCCCGGAGCUCGUCUCAGAAGAGCACAAGACGAACCUUCUCUACGGAACUUAUCUUCCUUUUCUCAUCAUUCGUAAGUCUCCAGACAUGCUUCACAUGGGUGUUUACUAA